AUGGCCCAAGGCUCGGGCAGCAAAAUCACCAAGCCCAACCCUGGACUGAACCGGUCCAAGGGCGGCAAGGCUCCCAAGAAGUCGGGCGUCUCCAAGGUCAAGAAGAACAAGACCAAGGCCGACAAGGUCCAGAAGAAGUUCACUGCCGGCAUGGCCGCCAAGACCGAGAAGAUGCUGGGAGCCAGGGCUGGUCACUUGGAGCUGAUCGGCAAGGGCAAGAAGGAGGAGAACAAGGAGAAAUUCAAGGACGGCAUCUGUGUUAGCUGA